CUGUUGCGCUAUAUCUCCUUUUUGCUUGCAGCGUUUGGGUUACAUGACUCUUUCGUUUCUUCCUGCCAGGACCAUCCAGUCUAUAUAUAGAUGGACCUGGCAAGGCCACUUGUUGAUCAUGCGUUUCUUUCGUUUUGCUUGUCUGUUUCGAGGUACAUAUGCAUUGAUUGGGACAGCAUGGCAUCCGGCGUACGGGGACGAUUCGACGAAGCGCAGAAAGCGCAGAGGCGCUUUUUCAUCGUUUUUUAUAUGAAAGAUCUACUUGCAUGGCGUGGUGGCGUUGUUCAACUAUACUUUCCGAUUUUGUGUUAUAUAUUCAUCAAGUCUUGGUCCCUGACUUCCUGACGCAGAUAUUGUUUUAUUCAUAUGCCCGCAUAGUUGGGACAUGGGGUCCAAUGUACUAUGUUUGGGUUGGUCAUUUCCGCUUCGUGUAUCUUAUGUUCAUCAGGGAUUCGUCUUGGAGUUUGAUUGGUAUCUGAUGUGUUUUAUAUUUUGUUCUUCCAGUGAG